AGCGGCACAUCCCUGUUGUCCCGGAAUCUAAAAUCCACCCCAUCAGUCCAGGAGGACAACCACAUUGACACCACUGCCGCCAAGAGAUGACCCGUCCAGUCUCCGCGCCCGAAGCCAACGCUACUACCGGGGGGCUUGGAGCUGCAUAGCACCAACGCUCCGCCGACUGACCCAAAGAAGGGAACAGAGAUUUUUUUUAAACGAACACCCAGGACUACUUAUCUUCUAAAGGAAUUAUCUAGCUAAUUUCAUUUUUUCCCCCUCACUAAAGCAAGCAGCGGUCGUUGUGUUCAAUGACACCAUGCUCAUUGUCUCGUCCCGCAGUGCGCUGCUGUCCGUCUACUAUCCCCAGAUCUUCCUCAUCCUCACCAGCGGUAGCUACCUGGCACUGUCCUCGGUGGUAGCUUUGGGCGCUAACAUAAUCUGCAACAAGAUCCCUGGGCUGGCCCCUAGACAGCGCGCACUCUGCCAGAGCCGCCCGGAUGCCAUCAUCGUCAUCGGUGAGGGUGCCCAGCAGGGCAUCAAUGAGUGCCAGUACCAGUUCCGCUAUGGCCGCUGGAACUGCUCCGCCCUGGGCGAGAGGACCGUCUUCGGACAAGAGCUGAGAGUAGGCAGCCGAGAGGCGGCGUUCACCUAUUCCAUCACGGCGGCUGGCGUGGCACAUUCGGUGACAGCGGCGUGUAGUCAGGGCAACCUGAGCCAGUGUGGCUGCGACAGGGAGAAGCAGGGCUACCAUGACCAGGAGGAGGGCUGGAAGUGGGGAGGCUGCUCGGCCAACAUCAAGUACGGCGUGGAGUUCUCCAGACGCUUCGUGGAUGCCCGAGAGAUCAAGAAGAACGCCCGACGUCUGAUGAACCUGCAUAAUAAUGAGGCAGGACGAAAGAUCCUGGAGGAGCAUAUGAAGUUGGAGUGUAAGUGUCACGGCGUGUCAGGCUCCUGCACCACCAAGACCUGCUGGAUCACCUUACCCAAUUUCCGGGAGAUUGGCUACAUCCUGAAAGAGCGCUACAGCGAGGCGGUCCAAGUCGAACCGGUCCGGGCCUCCCGUCUCCGCCAACCAUCCUUCCUUCGGCUGAAGGAGGCGCGGGGCUACCAGAAACCCACGGACACAGAUCUGGUCUACCUGGAGAGGUCUCCUAACUACUGCGAGGAGGACACGGCGACAGGGAGCACAGGGACGCGGGGGAGACUGUGUAACCACACGUCACCCCAUACCGACAGCUGCAAUCUGAUGUGUUGUGGUAGAGGCCACAACACCCACCAGUAUACCCGCGUGUGGCAGUGCAACUGCAAGUUCCAGUGGUGCUGUUUUGUGAAGUGUAACACGUGCAGCGAGAAGUCUGAGGUGUUCACCUGCAAGUAAAGGAUGGAUGGACAAGCAGAUGGAUGGAGGGGGACGGAGGGAUGAGGGACGGAGCUGGGAAAAGGGACAAGGCAAGGCCCUGAGAGAGGAUACAAGGAAGGAAAAAAGGGUACUAGGACGUGGACUUAGUGGGGAAGGACUUCAGGAGGGACUCUACAGAGUGGACUUGGAAAAUUGUUCGAUUCUUCACGGCUUCAUUUUGCACAUUGGCCAUCCUAUUUGAUUUUAAAAAACAAAGGAAAGAUUAAAUGUACUAAAAUGACUGAGAGAAAUUACUUUGAGAAGUAGGCAAAUAAUGUUUUCUUCUUAUGUGCUGACUGGAAAACUGUGAUGCAGAUAUACUAUGUGUUGCAAGAUAUUGAUGAAGUGCAAGGAUUGUGGUUGUUCAUUUUUCUAUCUCCAACCAAGCAAAUCUGUUAUUGGAAACAUUGCGGACCCAAACUUUAUCAAGUGCAGUUUUCACCUCCUCUUGUAACACUGCUCAUAAAAGCAAAAUAACCUCGACAUCUGAAACAGGGAAGUAAAAAAAAAAACGGAUUAACUGACAUAAUUACAACCUCAAACUGGAAACGGUACAUCAGCAAAGUGCCUUUUGACUGCGACGCGAGACGGAUGGAGAGAGAAAGGAGCGUGGUUUCAAAAGACUGGUGUAGAAUGGUGGUGUACCUUGACUAUCCAGUCACACUGUAUUUACAAUGCCUUCAGAAACUAUUCACACCCCUUGUUUUUUUUGAGUGUAGUGUUACAAAGUGUUAUUAAAAUGGAUUUGUAAUUUCCUGUCAACAAUAUACACAAAAUACUCUAUAAUGUCAAAGUGGGAGAAAAAUUCUAACAUUUGUAAAAAAAAAAAUUUAAAAAACGAAUGAAAAAUAAAACACGAAUACAUCUUGAUUAGAUAAGUAUUCAACCCUCUUGAGUCAAUACAUGUAAGAAUCACCUUUUGGCAGUGAUUACAAGCUGUGUCUUUCUGGGUAAGUCUCUAAGAGCUUUCCGCACUUGGAUUGUGCAACAAUUGUCAAUAUUUUUUUCAAAAUUCUUAUAGCUCUGUCAAAUUGGUUGUUGAUCAUCGCUAGACAACCAUUUUCAGGUCUUGCCAUAGAUUUUCAAGCAGAUGUAAGUAAAAACUGUAACUCGGCAACUCAUUCACUGUCUUCUUGGUAAGCAAUUCCAGUAUAGAUUUGGCCAUGUGUUUUAGGUUAUUGUCAAAAACAACAAAACAUUUGAUGAAAAUGUAAGUUGCUCUGGAUAAGAUGUAAAUGUAAAUGUUGAAAGGUGAAUUCAUCUACCAGUGUCUGGUGGAAAACAGACUGAAUCAUGUUUUCCUCUAGGAUUUUACCAGUGCUUAGCUCCAUUCCAUUUAUUUUUAUCCUGAAAAACUCCCCAGUCCUUUACGAUUACAAGCAUACACAUAACAUGAUGCAUACACCACUAUGCUUGAAAAUAUGGAGAGUGGUACUCAGUAAUGUGUUGUAUUUUCCCCGAACAUAACACUUUGUAUUCAGGACAUAAAGUUAAUUGCUUUGCCACAGUUUUAGCAGUAUCACUUUAGUGCCUUGUUGCAAACAGGAUGCAUGUUUUGGAAUAUUUGUAUUCUGUACAGUACAGGCUUCCUUCUUUUCACUCUGUCAAUUAGGUUAGUAUUGUGGAGUAACUACAAUGUUGUUGAUCCAUCCUCAGUGUUCUAUUACAGCCAUUAAACUCUAUAACUGUUUUAAAGUCACCAUUGGCCUCAUCCCGAAGUGGUUUCCUUCCUCUCCAGGAACGGAGAUAAAAACGACGCCUGUAUCUUCAUAGUGACUGGGUGUAUUGAUACACCAUCCAAAGAGUAAUUAAUAACUUCACCAUGCUCAAAGGGAUAUUCAAUGUCUGAAAAAAAAUUGCCAUCUACUAAUAGGUGCCCUUCUUUGCAAGGGAUUGUAAAACCUUUCCGAAAACAGAAUUCCACUUUGACAUUAUGGGGUAAACCAUUUUCAAUUCAGGGUGUAACACAACAAAAUGUGGAAAAAGUCAAGGGGUGUGAAUAUUUUCUGAAGGCACUGUAUGUUUGAACACUGAAAAUAAAUGGUUUAUUUAUGUUAAGAUAUCUUCAAACUAAAAGGUCUUAUAGUAUGGAUAGCAAUGUUUAAUAUAUAUAUUUUUCUCUUUGAUUGCUACUGAAGUGUACCAGAGUUAGUGUGGCAUUAAGCAUAAAGCCACAACAGUAGAGUACAAAACAUUUUUCUGCAAUUUUCAUUUUCUUAGAUCUGUGCAUUUCUAUUGUCAGUAGCGUGUCUAAGUAGUUAUCUUAUUAUUUUGCUCACCAUCCCUCCUCAAUUCAUUGAACAUGAUUUUAACAUGUUACUAGGUGAAUUGGUGAGUGCUGCACUGAAUCAUUUUACCAAGAGCCCAACAAAGCAACCCAUUCUAGCCCAUACAAAGGAAAAAUAAAACAUGUCCCUAUUUCGGUCUCAAUUCCAACA